AUGUGGGCGACAACAGACGAGCGGCAGGCCAGCCGGAAUCGAUGGGAACUUACGACGUGCAAUUAUAGCUUCACAGCAACAAAUUUAAUUCUGAACAUAUCAGAAAUUUUACACCCGCCGACCACCGACCGCGGUUACAUGAAUCAACGCGUUGUCAGUCACAUACCGUGUAGACUGGCGCAGUUUGUAUCAGCAUCAAGCGCGGGCAAGGAAAAUACUCGUGCGGCGUCCAUGUUUGCGGGUAUGCGAGGGGUACAUGGUCAAAUGUUGUCUGGGGGAUCGUUAGGGGGUUCCUCUAUAAGUAGUUUAGGAGGUUUUGGACAUCACUUGUCUUCGCCACUGCCUGCACUGCCGGACAGAAAACCUCCUACCCCGUUGCCAGCCCUGCCACCACCGACCCCAAUAGCUUCAGCACCUGCAACGCCAUCUACGUCUACACCCGUGCACUCCUAUUACGACCAUAUUCUA